AUGCCUCAGCGGAUCACGUGCCAUCUAAAGAUGGCGGCGGCGUUCCUGCUGCUGUCUCUGACGCACUAUUUCGCGGUCAGCUUCCUGCCCAUCUCAGACUGCGACGAGACGUUCAACUUCGUUGAGCCCAUCCACUACCUCCUCUACGGCUCUGGCAAACAGACUUGGGAGAUGUGCUCGUGGUUCGCGCUGCGCUCGUGGCUUUUUCUGUGGAUUUACGCGUGGCCAGCAGUGCUCAUCCGCAGCGCCGCCAGCCUUUCCAGCGUGCACGUGUACUUCUACCUUCGUACCCUGAACGGCUGUGCCGCCGCCACGGCAGAGCUCUUCUUCGUGUGCAGCGUGUGGUUCACUUUCUCUGGCAAGGCGGCGAUGGUGGCGCUGCUGCUGCUGCUGGCGAACUACCCCAUCCAACACGCAGCAGUGAGCGUCUUGCCAACGAGCUUUGCGAUGAUAUGCAACUUUGUAGUGCUCGGGUGCUGGCUGCGCACGCAGUCGUGGACGUCUUCGUCCGCCUCGCUGUCGUGCUUUGGAGGCCGACCAACGAGGAAUACCAAGCCGGCAGCCGCGGCGUGCACUGUCCAGCUGUCGACGAUGAUGCUGCCAUCACCGCCGUUUGCCCCACCACGGCACCUCCGCUGGUUCAUCGGCGCUGCCCUCUUCUUCAGCGUGCUGGCGGUGGUGGCGGGGUGGCCGUUUGCCGCCCUCAUCUCCGCUCUCGUGGGCCUCGAUCUGCUGCUGCGCUUCCCUGCACACACCCUCGCUUGCACGCUCGGCUCUCUUCUCGUCGUGUGCGCGGCUACGUUCGUGGCGGAUGCGCGGCACUACUGUCGCCGGACACUGAGCAGCUGGAACGUUGUCAGGUACAACGUCUUCAGCAGCUCGGGACGCGGCCCGGAGCUGUUCGGCGUCGAGCCCAUCUCUUUCCUUUGGAAGAACCUGAUGCUGAACUUCCACCUCAUGUUCGUGGCGGUCAUGCUGGCCCCCCUGGUCCUCCUGUGCGCACCGCGGCGAGAGCUAACCGCAACGGCGGCGCGCUCCGUCGCGGUGGGCUCGGGAAGGCCACCCAGCGACGGCACUGCACACGGACCGAACGACAGCGCCGUAUCCCCCACGAACUCACUCGUCCACUCGCGGCUGUGGACGUCGGACACGCACGGCAAUGCAGCAGAGCCUCACUCCUCGCUACCCGCCAAUCGGCACCCUCGUGGGCAGUUGCCUGCGGCAACAGCAGGGGCGGUUGCGUCACGCCUCUCUCGUGAGCGGGAGUGGCUCCACAUGAUGCCGUUCUUCGUGUGGCUUCUGUUCUGGAUGAGCAUCACGCACAAGGAGGAGCGCUUCAUGUCGCCCGCCUACCCGUUCAUGGUGCUGGCGGCGACAAGGACUUUGUGCCUCCUGUUCUUCCCUGACGCAGCCGACGUUCAACUGACCUCGGCGGCGAACGCACAGGGCACCGCCUUCACUUGCCAGCUGCCGCGCCGUCCUUCUCGGUCACCACAAGGGUGCCCCUUACCCGCCAUCCUGGGGUGGCGUCACCUUGCUGGACUAAUCUUCUUCUUGGCCUUCUUCCUCCUCUCGUACUCGCGGGCGAUGGCGGUCUACGUCUUCUACAGCGGGCCGGAGCGCAUGUUGUACGACUGGCACCCUGUGCUGCAGGCGGAGGCGCAGCGGACGUGGGAGGCGAAGCGUCAGGCAGUACGGCGAGACGCUGCGGUGCGUGGGGGAGCGUCACCGUCAUCGCUGCCGCCGGGCACGACGGCACAGCAGACGCAAGAGCUGCACGCCUACUACACGGUGUGCCUCGGGCGAGAGUGGUAUCGCUUCCCCUCGUCCUUCUUCAUCGACUAUCGCUAUGCUCGCUACCAGUUUCUGCAUACGCCCUACUUCCAUGGCAUGCUGCCCAUGUCCUUUGUGACCCCGCCGGCUGGUCAGGAAGGUGGGCUCUUGCGAGCGCCAUCGAGCGAGGCUGCGGCUGCGACGGGGAAGUCACCGUCAAGGUCAUCGUCCACGGUCGCCCGCGGCUCGUGCGCCUGCGGUGCCCCCGGUGUUAAUGACCUAAACGAGGAGAUCCCAGAGCAGUAUGUCCGCUACCCUUCAGAGCAGUGCGAUGCGAUCUUUGAUAGUCUGCCGCCCCCCAGGCAUGUAAGCGCGGCGCAUCACGCAAAGGAAUUGAGGCGUCUCCAGCUUGAUACCGUGUUCACUCGCUCGCUGCUGAACCUCAGCUCCUUGCAGGCGGUGCUGAGAGCCGACGGAAAGACGUACCGUACGGUGAAGGAUGCGUACGCCGUCCUGGACGUCGACGUGACGCCGCUCUGGUGCCGUGUCUUGUACUACCCGUUUGGUGUAUCAAGACGCUGCGCGGUGUGGCGGCCACUUGUAAUGAACGCCAAACCGUGA